AUGCUGGCAAUAAUUGAGUCCGACCAUCCUGAAGAACUUCUCUGUGGCCUUCCUCGUGGAGUGAAGGAGGAAAGAGAUGCGAUGUUGACCAGUGGGGCUCCGGUCCGCUGGCAAUUUGAUGAGAAUGGUCAACCCGUGACGAGCUCACGCCCGCUAACAUUUCCAUCACCGAUAUCAAAAAAAAAAUUUGUCUUGGAUUUUAGCGACGAUGGAGAGAGUAGAUGGGUGGACGUGAUGGUGCCUGGAUUGGGGAGAUGCCAAGUUCAGCGGGAUGACUUGGUAUUUUAUGAAGCCCAGGCGCGUGAGGUACGGCCACGCUGCCUUAGAUCGGGCUUUCAGGGAUCUAAACCGUCGGGUGUGGCCGGUCUACUCCGACUUCUAGCAGCAGUAGAGGCGUCACUGCGGUAUUUGGAGGUCGGCGGGGUGAACUCAGAGGUGAAUAUCGCUAAAAAUUUUGAAUGCUGCCCAAAACUGGAUGAACUUGCGCUGUCGGGCGAUACGAUGAGCGCGCAGUUUAUCUUCUCAGAACUGGGGCAGCGGUGUGACCUCAACUCCGGUCUAAAGGUUGAUUGGGGUGAUGUUGUAGCACUCUCCGGCUUACUAAGCGAUGCGAGCGGACCAGUGGCCAAAAGCCUUCGUAAACUGCAUCUCAACUUCUUCGAUGGUGAUUAUAGCGCCCGGGGUGGCCGUCAUUUUUCCCGUCUUGACAGCGAGUUGCAGGCCCUAGCAAGAGUGCUGAACGCGAACAGCAAUUUGGAGCGACUCGAAGUCGGUCUCACAGCUUAA